AGCGAUGCCUCUGGCUGCCUGUGAUCAAUUCGAUGGAGCUCUAAUCAAUUCAGUCAGACUGCUCGACCGGUCGCGUGGCGUCUCGUCAAUUUUGGCGGUGUCUGGAGGGUGCUAGAGGCGACUGGUGGCUAGGAGAAGCAGGUGGAAGCUCGUCGAACAUUCUCAAAAAUUUGGCCCACCCGCAGCAGCUGCAGCAGGUACAAGAAUCAUCUUCGCCGCAGUCAACCUUUCACCCACACAACAUCACACAAAUUCGACUCUCACCUCUUCCACGAGUCUUUCUGCGCACUUCACACACUUUCUUCUAACUCCCAUCACCAACCCGAACACCCACAUUCGCAUUCGACACACGCAGACACAAUGGCACCAGCCAUCGGUAUCGAUUUGGGUACCACGUACUCGUGCGUCGGUAUCUUCAGAGAUGACCGCAUCGAAAUCAUCGCCAACGACCAGGGUAACCGCACAACACCCUCGUUCGUCGCCUUCACAGACACCGAGCGUCUCAUCGGUGACUCCGCAAAGAACCAAGUCGCCAUGAACCCAGUCAACACAGUCUUCGACGCCAAGCGAUUAAUCGGCCGCAAGUUCAACGACCCAGAGGUGCAGGCAGACAUGAAGCACUUCCCCUUCAAGGUCAUCGACAAGGCCGGCAAGCCUGUCAUCCAGGUCGAGUUCAAGGGCGAAGAGAAGACAUUCUCCCCAGAAGAGAUCUCAUCCAUGGUCCUCACCAAGAUGCGUGAGACCGCAGAGUCAUACCUCGGUGGCACCGUCAACAACGCUGUCGUCACUGUCCCAGCAUACUUCAACGACUCGCAGAGACAAGCAACCAAGGAUGCUGGUCUCAUUGCUGGCUUGAACGUGCUCCGUAUCAUCAACGAGCCAACUGCUGCCGCCAUCGCCUACGGUCUCGACAAGAAGACUGAGGGCGAGCGCAACGUUCUCAUCUUCGACUUGGGUGGUGGUACCUUCGAUGUCUCUCUUCUCACCAUUGAGGAGGGUAUCUUUGAGGUCAAGUCCACUGCCGGUGACACACACUUGGGUGGUGAGGACUUUGACAACCGUCUAGUUAACCAUUUUGUCAAUGAGUUCAAACGCAAGCAUAAGAAGGAUCUUACCGCCAACGCUCGUGCCCUCCGCCGUCUACGAACUGCUUGCGAGCGUGCCAAGCGCACCCUCUCUUCCUCCGCUCAGACCUCCAUCGAGAUCGACUCCCUCUACGAGGGUAUCGACUUCUACACCUCCAUCACUCGUGCUCGUUUCGAGGAGCUGUGCCAAGACCUGUUCCGUUCCACCAUGGAGCCAGUCGAGCGUACGCUCAGAGAUGCAAAGAUCGACAAGUCUUCCGUCCACGAGAUUGUCCUUGUCGGUGGUUCCACCCGUAUCCCCAAGAUCCAGAAGAUGGUCUCCGACUUCUUCAACGGCAAGGAGCCAAACCGCUCCAUCAACCCAGACGAGGCUGUCGCCUACGGUGCCGCCGUUCAGGCUGCCAUUCUCUCCGGUGACACCUCCAGCAAGUCGACCAACGAGAUCCUCUUGCUCGAUGUCGCUCCGCUGUCUCUCGGUAUCGAGACUGCCGGUGGUGUCAUGACUCCUCUGAUCAAGCGCAACACCACCAUCCCAACCAAGAAGUCCGAGGUCUUCUCUACCUUCUCCGACAACCAGCCUGGUGUGUUGAUCCAGGUCUUCGAGGGUGAGCGUGCCCGCACCAAGGACAACAACUUGCUCGGCAAGUUCGAGCUUACCGGCAUUCCACCUGCUCCACGUGGUGUCCCACAAAUCGAGGUCACCUUCGACGUUGAUGCCAACGGUAUCAUGAACGUCUCCGCCCUCGAAAAGGGUACUGGCAAGACCAACAAGAUUGUCAUUACCAACGACAAGGGUCGUCUGUCCAAGGAGGAAAUCGAGCGCAUGUUGGCCGAGGCUGAGAAGUACAAGGAGGAAGAUGAGGCUGAGGCGGCUCGCAUCCAGGCCAAGAACGCUCUUGAGUCUUACGCUUACUCGCUCCGCACCACCCUCAGCGAUCCAAAGACCGAGGAGAAGCUCGAGGCUUCCGACAAGGAGACUCUCAAGGCCAAGAUCGACGAGACUGUCUCUUGGCUCGACGACAACCAGACCGCCACCAAGGACGAAUACGAGAGCUCGCAGAAGGACCUUGAGUCUGUCGCCAACCCAAUCAUGAUGAAGCUCUACGGCGCUGGUGGCGAGGGUGGCAUGCCAGGCGGUAUGCCAGGUGGUGCCGGCUUUCCAGGUGCUGGCGGCCCAGGCGGCGCUGGCGGUGCCGGCGGCGAUGACGGCCCAACCGUCGAGGAGGUCGACUAAAUGCAUCAUCACCACACACGCAACAUGGCUUGACUGUUGUUGUUGAGAGCAUUUCCUCUUCUGAUUCGAUAUGAUACCACUUGAAACUUGCAUGGCAUGGCGUUCAUACAGGGUUUUUAGAGCAUGAUGACAUGGGACUCAUGACUUGGGAUGACAUGGAAAAAAGCUGCGCCCUCUUCAUUGGGGUGCUUUUCCUUGACUGUAAUGUAGCUGCUGCAGUGAAUGAUUGAUAGAGAAGAGAUCAUUGAGCUGAAGCUAGCAAUGAAAAAGAAGUUCAACAGAAG